CUUUAUGAACCAAUUUCGGUAUUAAACUCUAUGACUGAACUAAAUUAUGAAAGUUCUAUUUACGAUGAUCAAGAUGUAUUUGCUUCAACCUCAACACAAGCUUCUAUAAUUAGUCCUAUUUGCAAUAAUCAAGAUGUAUCUGCUUCAACCUCAACACAAGCUCCCGUAAUUAAUACUAUUUGCAAUGAUCAAGAUGUAUCUGCUUCAACCUCAACACAAGCUCCCAUAAUUAACCUUAUUUGUGAUGAUCAAGAUUUUCCUGAAGUGAUAACUGAUAGCAAUUUAUUUGAUAAUGAAUUAGAUGGAUCAGAUGAUCUAUCUGAUUCAGUGAAAUUGAUUUUGAGACUUACUUUUUUCAACUGGGAAGAAUUUAAGAUUUGGUUGAAUGGAUUCGCAUUAAAGAAUAGAUUUAGUUAUAAAGUUAGAACAAGUGAAAUAACUAAUGGUAUAAUGAAAAGAGCUACUUAUGAAUAUACUAAAUCCGGUUUACAUGCUCUGCAAGUUACAUCAGACCCAACAAAGAGGCAUAACACAUACUCUCAACAGAUACAAUACCAGUAG